AAUCAGCGUCUGGAGGAGGCGUGGCCUCUUUCAAGGGAUGUGAGGAGAAAGGGAGCCGAAUAGAGAGCAGGCAGAGAGCGAGGAAAGCGGCGGAGGAAGGGAUGUUUGUGUGUCCGCUGGUCGGUGCUGCAGGUACGGUCACAGCCGGAUAACAGCCUCCAUAGCGCCGCACCGGACCGCGGCCAGUCCGCCUCGGAGUUCCCCCGUUUUCCUCACCACCAAACGCCACGAUGUCCGGCGGGGGAGACGUCCACGUCCUCCGCCAAGACGCCGGCCAAGAGAGUCCGAGGAUGCCGGCCUGGAAGCGAGAGAUCCUGGAGAGACGGAAGGCGAAGGGCGGCGUUUCCGCGGGCAGCCCGGCCCCGGAGCCGAGCCCCGGCGGCGCCGCGGGGUCGCAUCACGUCAACGGGGAUGUAGCGGGGAACGUGAACGGUAACGGCGGUGGUGGCGCGAGGAGCGGCGCGUCCGGCCGGAACUACACCAUCACCACGGCCAGCCAACAUUUCGCCAACAACAAAGAGCCCCGAGCGGCGGCCGAGAGGACGGCGCCGAGGGAGAGCCUGGUGCUCCAGGAGAGUCUGGGUCCGCUGGAGGAGAACCCGUUCAUCAAGCUGGAGAAGGAGCGCCGGAAGCGGCAGGACCGGGAGAACGCCGCCCGCCCGGUCCAGCACAUCCUGGAGCUGUACGGGAGCGUCCCCGGGAUCCGAACCAUCCGGGCCGACAACAUCAUCAUCAUAGAGUCGGAUCCGGACUACUUCCCGGAGGCCGGAGAGAGUAAAGGCUGGCAGCAGAACGGGGUGGACACCUACAGCUCACUGAACGACCUUCUGGACCGGAGAGGCAGCGCCGUGACGGAGAUCAGAGCCAAGGAGGUGGUCAUCUACGACACCACGCUGAGCCGGAGUGAGGAGAACCUCAGCACCCUGGGCCGCCCUGACCCGGAUGGCCCCAGAGACGCCGGGGAGAGCCAAGGCCGGGUCAGCCGGAUCCUCCAGAAGUUCGACUGCAACUACGGGAAGCUUCAGAAGAAGUCGCACAGCACGGAGAACCUUCUAGACCUGGAUUGUAGUGCCAGUGCCAGGCCAAGACAUUGGGCCAAGCCACAGCCAGAUCUGGUGCCAAAGCCCAGGCCAAGUCCGAGCGUCAGCAGCCAGCCAACAUCACCCGUCUUUCAGACUCCUUGGACUUCCAAAGCAAAGCCACAGCCGGAGCUCCACCCGGUCCAGCCUGUGUCGUCCUUCCGGCAGAGGUUUGAAGGGGGCGUCGUCCCCAAAGACGAGCCAGACAGAGGGCAAAGCAAGCCCACCAGGGAGCGCGACUGGGAGGCCGUGGAGGUGUCCCCCAAGCCCAAGGUGCCAUGUUCUCCGGAGACCCGCCGUGCCCGUGCCGAGUCCUCCUCACUGCCCAUCUCUUCGAAGGUCUUGCGUGCGACGUCCGAGUUUGAGAUCCGUCCCUCUCCGAAGCCGGACAUCGACCAGAUCCCAGAGGGGGACACCCAGGCUCGGGCCCUCGCAAACCUCCGUCUGCAGUCCAAGAACUCCUUCACGGGUCCCAAGAGAAACUUGCAAGCCUCGCCUGCGGCCACCAGCCCCAGACCACCAAGUCCGACCAAGUCCUCGCCCUUGCCAGGAGUGCCAACCCCCCCCUCCCCAACGAAGAAGAAAGAAGAGAAAGUUCAGGAGAAGAAGGAACCAGAAGCACCUCCUUCUCCUUCCUCUCCACCAGUCCUGACCUCACCAGCCUCACCAGUCUCUCCGACUCCGAAGCAACCCCUGGACAAACUGCCGGUCACAAACAUUGACGACAUUGAGGUGGAGUCCCCGCAGCGUGUCCCGGUCCCCAGCCCCAUGGUGCAGAGGAAAAAGGGCAACACCUUCACCGUGGUGCCUAAACGAUCGGCGGACCCCCAGAAGAGCCCACCGGAGCCCCAGCAGGAGGCUCCGGCCCAGGCCCCGCCGGGGUCCACGCCCCCGCAGCCCCACGCCCAGCUGGGCAGCCUGCUGAAGAAACGCUACCCUGCUGUGGAGGAGAUCCAGGUCAUCGGAGGGUACCUGAGCCUGGCCAAGUCCUGCCUGUCCAAGACCGGCUCUGUGGGCAAGAAGCUGAAGAUCUCGUUCAACGAGUCGAGCCUCCAGAGCACCUACGAGUAUCCGUCAGAGAGCAGCGUGUGGGACAGCGGCGAGGAGGACGAGGACGACAAGCGGGACGCGACGCUGGCGGAUGAGCAGCCCAGCAUGGUGGGACGUUUCCACAUCCCUCGCCCCAGCCUGGUCGGAUCGCCGGUCCACUCCGAAAACGGGAACGACCUUUCCAGCUACAUUCCCAAACACUCUGUGGACUUUAACACCUGGCAGGAAAACAAAGAAGAAGACAAAGUUUACCAGGAGAAACCCACUUCGCCGCAGGUCACAGAGGAGGUCAUGCUGACUCCGGCGGACAGCUCCUCUCUGUCCGACUACAGCAGCGAACCGGCGCUCUACUUCUGAUGGCCGCGGCCAGACGGCAGCAUCUCCGGAGAUCCGACUGCAGCGCACGGCGCCCCGACCCCGCUGCCGCCCUGAUCCCGCCGCCGGCGUCACGACCCCACUGCCGUCCUGUCGCAGACGUUUCCCAAAGCGACAAACGGGAAUGAAAAAAGGAAAAAACAAAGAGAAAGAAGCAGCUGGGCUGUGUUUCCCCUCUGAUUGAGGACAGUUGAUCUGUCCGACACUUUCGCUGGUUGGUGACGGAGUUCAGUGUUAGGACUUUCUGCUUCUGUGCAGAUUAUACAUAGAAAAACAUGAAGGUAAAAGGGUGCCACAACUAUUUUCUUUUCAAGUUUUUGUACGUGCAUGUUUGAUUUCAGCUUCUGUUUUACUGUAAAGCUUCUCUUUGCCUUUCUUUAGUUUCAGGUUUUCAUGCUGUAUUAAACUUUCUGGAUGUUUUUCUGAGGUGUUUAAAAAAAAAAAAACUUCCCUUCUUCAUUUGGAAGGAGGUGAAGAAGAACGACGGCAUUUUGGGACCGUUGUAGACGGAAAGAAAAACUUACUCCAAAAACAUUUUCUGGAAAAAACUUGGAAAUUUCUGAGCUUGAAAAGUUGAAAAUUGCUUGAAGAAAUUAGAAAUUUGGAUAUUAAUCUCAAAAAUUUUGGGGGGAAAAAACUGACAAUUUCUGACAAUCAAAAAGUAGAAAAAUUGCUGAACAAAACUGAGAAAAUAAAUUUGCUAGAUAAAAUUCCUAUAUUUUAAGAUUAAUCUCAGAAAAGGUUUAGAAAAAACAUUUCAAAUUUCUCAGCUUGAAAAAUCACAAAUUUGCAGAAUUUUUUUUAAGGAUUUUUUUUCUGCAUCGGCCCUGAUUUGCCAUCGUAAAGCCGACACCCGUCGAUCAGUAGCAGCUUUUAUUCCGUAUCGAAUGCUCUGGGGAAAAAAGUGACCUUUGCCAAUUAUAAUAAUAAUAAUGUCUGUAUGUCCAAACGGUCCAAACAAAUCAUGGCUCUGCAGAAUGUGUUAUUGUGAACUUUUCUACCUAUAAAUGUUGCGAUUCUGUGUUUAUUUCUGACUUCUUUUCUGUGAGGUUUUCGUUUGCAUGUGUGAAGGAAACCAGGAGGAAAAACUAGUAACUUGAUUUUAUUUAAAAGUCAGACCACAAAUACUUUGACAUUCCAGUUGUUUUAAUGAUAAAUAAUAAAAAUUAAACAUGAAUCAAUCAUAAAAAUGAACUAGGCAUGGGUUGGUAUUUGCAAAACCAAUUAAAAGCUAAAUUGUAGAAUAUGAUCUAAUUGUCACAUGUAGAGUAUAAGAGCCAUUGGCGGUUCUAGAUGGGGGCCAAUAGGGGCCGUGGCCCCUCUACUGAAUAAAAAAUAUAGAAUCAGUUUCUUAUAAUGAUAUAGAAACUGUAACUAAUUCAUUGAUUCAUCUUCCCUUCACAAUUUAUCAAUUAAUUUACAAUUAAAAUUGUUUUUAGUUUUACCUUCAGAUGUUGAAUAGAUCAAAGUUCUGUCCCGAAUGGAGCUACAUUGGGGACAAUUAUUUUUAACAUUUGUUUAAAAAAUUUUUUAAUGAAGUUUUAAACUGAAAAUUUAUUUUCAUUAAAAGUGGCAAAAAAAAAAAAAAUGGGAUCCCUGAAGAACCCCACACGUAAAGGGAGAAAAAGACCUAAAAUGGUUGAGUUCUUAAUUAAAAGUUACUUUAACAGUGAGGGGUUGAAAUGUCUGAUUUAUUUUUUUCUAUUGUCUCAUUUAAUCUGAAGAAGUAUAAGUAGCCUCAAAGAACUGAGGGGCUGAGAAUGGAGCCCUGAGGAACCCCAAAGUGGAUAGAAAAUUGUCUUUAAUGAGGGAAAAAAAAAGAAUUUCUAUAAUUGAUAUUCUGAUGAAGGAGAACUGGCUGAUCUAACAAAGUGAACAGUUUAACUGUUGGUCGGCCAGCCCAUGCCUACAGGGAACAAAUGGAUUGAGAAAUCCAUUUAUGCUUGAAUUUUGUUUUUUAGAUUUUGUUUUUAUACGAGAUGAUUAUGUUUUUCUUGACCUCAUCAUUGCGCCAACUGAUUAAAGUGUUGCUGUGCCGGCCUCACACUCGUCCCUCCACCAGUAUUCCCCAACUUUCCCUCCACAAUCACCUGGAAUAUUUUCAGUCCUGGAAGCUGGAUUAUCGUUUUUUUAUUUCCUGGAGUCUUUGAUGCUGAAUGUCUUUGCACUGUCAUUCUUUUGUUUUUACGCUGCAUUUUGCACCUGAUGAUGAGUCAUAAAAACAAGCGAUGGAGGAAAUUUGCAGAGCACGAACUGAACCGCUAACCCUGUGAAAAGUAAGCGGUGGUUUUGUUCCUGUGAAAAGCAGAAGGACGCCGUUUUGAAGUGAAACUCUCCAGCCGAACCGGAGGAAUGCACUGCCGAUUUUUGCCAUGCUUGCUUCUGUUUUUAAAUGUUUGUCGCAGCCUUGUAUUAAAGUCUCAUGAUUGUC